CUUGUGGCGGCAGCUACCUUCUUUGCCAGCUGCGGUACUACGUUGGCUGCGGUUCCCACGAACCUGGAAAGAGAGGCGUCCCAUUUGCAGCCCGCUGGCGUUGCUACCCAAGUCGGGGGCGAAAACCGGUUUCUAAGAAGCUACCACGCUGCCGCGGCGGAAGAUGAAGAACGAAUGCUGGACUUCUUGAAAGGCAAAGGCAUUCUCGAACGUAUCACCGCGACCCACCUUGACGACAUGCUCAUGAAAGAAAAGGUCGCGGCUAAAACGUUUGCGCGCUGGGAUGA